UCCAGAACAGACUGGUCUCACCUGCAGGACUGACCCCAGAUAUGAGGCUCCGUGUCUGGGCUGGAGCUCCGUGUCUCCUGCCCGUCCUCGGUCUUCUGAGUGUCCUUCAUGUCAAAGCACAGCAGCAGCCGCAGCCCAAAGAGAGACACUAUUACGUCGCUGCUGAGGAGAUAGACUGGGACUACUCUGGCAAUGACGCAAACAGGUCCGGUCCCUCCUAUAAGAAAGUGGUGUUUCGGGAGUAUGACAAAGACUUCAGACAGGCUAAGACUCAUCCCUCCUGGUUAGGUUUACUGGGACCCACACUGAGGGCGGAGGAGGGCGAGACCAUUGUCGUCACUUUCAGAAACAUGGCCUCCAGACCGCACAGCAUCCACCCACACGGGGUCGCUUACGGGAAACAGUCGGAGGGAGCCAACUACUUUGACAACACAUCACAGAAAGAGAAAGAGGACGACAUGGUGCAGCCCAACAGACAACAUGUUUAUUACUGGGAGGUGACGCCGGAUGUUUCUCCGCAGCCAAACGACCCCACCUGCCUCACCUACACCUACAUCUCACACAUAGAUUUUGUGGAGGACUACAACUCCGGCCUCAUCGGCGCUCUACUCAUCUGCAAGCCUGGCAGUCUGGAUGAGUCGGGGAAGCAGGCUGCCGUCUACCAGGAGUACGUGUUCCUAUUUGGGGUUUUUGAUGAGAGGGAGAGUCAGUACAAACCAAAAAGCCAUGCCGACCACGUCAAAUACACCAUCAACGGAUACACGAUGGGAUCGCUGCCUGAUGUCAGCAUGUGUGCCUACGCCUCCGUCAGCCUGCAUCUGCUGGGUAUGAGCUCAGAGCCUGAGGUGUUCUCGGUGCACAUGAACGGCCAGGUGCUGCAGCACAACGGCCACAAAGUUUCAUCAGUGGGCCUGAUCAGCGGCUCCACCGCCACCGCCAGCAUGGUGGCUCUGCACACGGGCCGCUGGCUGCUCUCCUCUCACACCAACAAGCACAUAGAGGUUGGCAUGCACGGUUUUGUGGAUGUGAUAAAGUGCGACGGCUUCAAUGCACCCCGGCGAAGGAUGACCAUUGAACAAAAACGACACAGCAGUGAGUGGACUUACUACAUAGCUGCUGAGGAAGUGACCUGGGACUACGCUCCUAAUAUGCCAGAACACGUUGACGAGGGCUUCAAGAUCCAGUACCUGAAACAGUCGUCAACACGUGUAGGUGCGAAGUACAAGAAGGCCGUGUACACGCUGUACAAAAACGAGUCAUUCACCGAAAGGAUAGAGUCCAAGCAAAGGAAGAGUGAGCUCGGCAUCUUAGGCCCAGUCAUCAGAGCACAAAUCAGAGACGUCAUCAAGAUUGUUUUUAAGAACAAGGCAUCCCGACCCUACAGCAUCUAUCCACACGGACUGACAAUAGAGAAGUCAGAAGAGGGAGUCAACUACCCGGCAGGAGGGAACCAGUCUCAUGGUGUUCAGCCAGGUGAGACACACACGUACGUAUGGAGGGUGGUCAACGAGGACGAGCCUUUCGACGCAGACUCUCGAUGCCUGACACGACUGUACCACAGCGCAGUGGACACACCACGUGACAUCGCCUCAGGACUCAUAGGACAGAUCCUCAUCUGCAAGAGUCGCUCCCUCAACAUCAGAGGUGUUCAGCUGAAAGCAGACAAGGAGCAGCAUGCUAUGUUGGCUGUGUUCGAUGAAAAUAAGAGCUGGUACCUGGAUGACAACAUUCGCCUAUAUUGCGACCGAUCCAGAGUCAACAAAGCAGACCCGGACUUUUAUCAAUCUAAUGUCAUGCACACAAUUAAUGGGUAUGUGUUUGAGAGCGGGCCACUUCUGGGAUUCUGCAAUGGUGAGGUUGCAACAUGGCACAUGUCCAGCAUUGGAGCGCAGGACUACAUCCAGACAGCAACCUUCUACGGCCAUACGUUUGAGCUGAACGGGCGGACAGAGGACUUCCUCAGCCUCUACCCGAUGACCGGAGAGACCAUCACUAUGAAUAUGGACAACAUUGGUGUCUGGCUCAUGGCUUCUCUGAAUUCCCAUGAGACAACCAAAGGAGUGCGGGUAAAGUUUCAGGAUGUUGAGUGCUUUCGGGACCGCCAGUACGAGUACUCCGACUAUUCAGAAGAGAACCCAGAAUUUACUUUGUGGAAUCCUUUGAGCUUGGACGAACUCAAGAAGAAAGACGAAGUAACACCAGAACCUAAAAAAGGAAAACCAGUGGCGAUAGACAUUUACACUGAGAUGUUUGCAGAUGAAUUAGGUCUAAGGUCCCUGAAGAACCAAUCUUAUGUAUCAGAUGUGGAGCUGCUAGACCUCUCUUUCCUCGACUAUGAUGCUGAUAUUGUGCCUGACGGAGAAACGAAUAUAAUCGGUAACUUCCCAGAGACAAUGAAUGGAAACGAGACAUCUGUUGCAAAGCCAAAUACACUAAAUGACACACAUCUGCAAAACAGUAGUAUGCCUUCAACUUUUGACAAUUCGUCUGCACACAAACCUGAGAAUGCAACAAUUUCUGGUAGCCCAGAUGUAUUGAUAAAGAAUGACAGCAUACAUUUUGAUGCUAUGACGUUUCACACAAAGAAAAUCAUAAACAUGGAUGAUAACCAGACUUCUGUGGGUGGUAUCUUGUCAGAGGGCUCUGAGGAAAGACUCACCAGAGGGGAUGUGUUCUCGUACUCUGUGCCUCCAUCCAAUUCCAGCACUAACAAUCUCCACAGUGCACCAGAGGGCAAUGCCACAACAGGUGAAACUGGAGAGUUUGAGGUGGAGGGCAAAGACAACAAAACCACUGGCAAUGACUCUUUGAGCACCACAGCAGAACCGUAUCUUCAAGUGAACUCCUCUGAAAUUACUCCAACCAAUUCCAGCCUUGAAAAUGUAACAAAUGAUUUGCUCAUGACCGCGCCAACAGUGAACAUCACUGUGAAUAUGUCCAGAUCAAAUUCAUCAGGGGAGAUUAGUUCAGAAAGUAUGAAGAAUGUCUCAAACCCUCUUGGUGAGUUUAGCAAUGCAGCUUCUGCAGUCCCCAAUGAGACAACCCUGUCCCUCUCCAGCGAUACAGCACAAAAAAAUGACUCUGAAAACUACGAAAACAGUGGCACUGAGUCUGUGAUCAGCGCAGCAGAGCCAGGGAACGACCUUCAAAUGAAUUCCUCUGAAACUGUUAGUUUUUCUGCAAAUUCCAGCCUUGAAAAUGUCACCAAAUCCUCAUCAAAUUCAUCAGAGAUUAGCUUAGAGAGUAGGACGAAUGCCUCAGCUCCUCAUAGUGAGUCAAACCAAACAUUUUCUGCAACAAGUUUCUCCAAUGACACCAACCUCUCCAGCAAUGCAGAAAGAAAGAUCAGUUCAGAGGAGCUAAGUGCCUCGGAUAGCAGUGAGGAAGAAGAAGUGCAUAUCUACCUCACAGAUAAGAAUACACAGGUGAUUAAAACAACCUCCGUCAAAACGCCAGGCCACAACUGGACUUACGAUGGAACACAUCAACUGGAACCCGUGGAUAUUCCUGACUACAUGAUCAAAUAUUUAGGGAAAGAAACCCCUCAAACAACGAUGCCACCUCCGAAAAAGAAGACCAGGAAAGUGAACUUACGACAGAGGCCGCAGAAGGGCCACGGCAUGAAAACAAGGAAAAGAAAAGAGUACAAGCCUCAGGCCAGGAGCGGCCUACCCUUCUCUCCUCGGGGGUUCAAUCCAGGCAUGACCCCCCGUGGGUCUCGACCGCUUUCACCGCAGCCUGUCUCUGAUGAGGAGGAGCUCAUUAACAUGCCUGUAGUCAUCGGUGUGCCCCGCCCUGAUUUCAGCGACUACGAGCUGUAUAUUCCUGGGGACGAACCAGCUCAUCUGGGGCCAGAUACGAUAGAUUUGAAAGCAGAUGAAUAUGAGUAUGUGACCUACAUUGACCCCUACAGCAGCCACGAGGACGUCAAGAAUUUCAACCUGGAUGACACCACCAAAUACUACUUAAAAUUCUCAGGCCCGAAUGUCAGAACUUAUUUCAUCGCAGCAGAGGAGGUUCUGUGGGACUAUGGCGGCUACGGACAUAAGAGACAAGACAAGGUACAACUAAACAGCCGAGAAACUAAGUUCACCAAGGUGGUUUUCCGAGGUUACAUGGACAGCAGCUUCAGCACGCCUGACAUCCGUGGAGAGAUAGACGAGCAUCUAGGCAUCCUGGGACCUGUCAUCAAGGCGGAGGUCGGGCAAAGCAUCAUGGUGGUGUUUAGGAACAAUGCCAAACGUCCGUACUCUUUACACCCGAACGGGGUUACCUACACCAAGCAGACAGAGGGCCUGAACUAUGAGGAUGGCUCUAAGUACUGGUACAAAUAUGACAACGAGGUUCAACCCAACACCACAUUCACAUACAUGUGGAAGGUCAGUUCAAUGGUUGGGCCAUCGCCAGACGAGUCUCAAUGCCGGACCUGGGCCUACUAUUCAGGCGUUAACCCUGAGCGGGAUAUCCACUCUGGCCUGAUUGGACCUUUGCUGGUGUGUCGAGAAGGAACCCUAAAAGAGGAGAUAACAGACACGAGGGAGUUCACACUGCUUUUCAUGACCUUCGAUGAGUCGCACAGCUGGUACUACGAGAAAAACCACGAGAUGAUACAGAGGAGGAGCCGAAGGAGAUUUAUGGACCCCAACUUCAAGGAGAACCUCAAGUUCCACUCCAUCAAUGGCAUUAUAUACAGCCUGAAGGGCCUGAGGAUGUAUACCAACCAGCUGGUGCGCUGGCACCUGAUCAACAUGGGCUCUCCCAGAGACUUUCAGAGCAUCCACUUUCAUGGACAGACGUUCCUCCACAAGAAGAUCACCAGCUACAGACAGGCUGUCUACCCACUGCUGCCUGGGAGCUUUGCUACUCUGGAGAUGAAUGCAUCCAGACCUGGCCUGUGGCAGCUGGAGACAGAAGUUGGUUUUAACCAGAAGAAGGGCAUGCAGACCCUCUUUCUGGUUCUGGAUAAUGACUGCUCCCGCCCGCUGGGCUUAGAAUCAGGCAGCGUUAAAGACAGCCAGAUCACUGCCAUCAACACCAGAGGAUACUGGGAGCCCUAUCUGGCCAGACUCAACAAUGGUGGUAAAUACAAUGCAUGGAGCACCGAGCAGAGCAACAGCUGGAUUCAGGUGGACUUCCAGCGGCCAGUUGUGAUCAGCCAGGUGGCCACUCAAGGAGCGAGGCAGAUGUUCUACUCCCACUACGUCGACAAGUACGUGAUCUCCUACAGCACUGACCGCAGGAAGUGGAUCUUCUACAAGGGCGACAGCAAGGAGCUCAGGAAGGUAUUCGAUGGUAACCGGGAGGCGUACGAGGCAAAGACAAACACCUUCUUUCCUCCUGUAGUUGGGCGGUUCAUUAGGCUCCAUCCCAUCAGCUGGCACAACACGGCAACAGUCCGCAUGGAGUUUUACGGCUGUGAGCUUGACGGCUGCUCGGUGCCUCUGGGGAUGGAGAGCAGACUGAUAGAAGACCAUCGCAUCACAGCCAGCUCCACAGCCUACAGCUGGUACUCUGGACCCUGGAGACCCUCGCUUGCACGACUCAACAAACAAGGCACCAUAAAUGCAUGGCAGUCUAAGCAUAGAGACAUGAAUCAGUGGCUUCAGGUGGAGCUGCCCAAAGUCGAGAAGAUCACGGGGAUCAUCACGCAAGGAGCCAAAGCUCUGGGAACAGAGAUGUACGUCAUGUCCUACCAUCUGCAGUACAGCCACAGCGGGAUACACUGGAUCAAGUACACAGAUGAUGAGAACGUCCCUUACAAGACAUUUAUGGGAAAUACAAAUAACAACGACCAUGUGAAGAACUACAUCUACCCUCCUAUCUUCUCCCGUUUCAUCCGAAUCGUCCCCAGAAGCUGGACCAACUCCAUCACCAUGAGAAUAGAGCUGCUGGGCUGCGAAUUUGAGUGAUGAUACCAGUUGCAUCAUUAGACCUGAGCAUCCGAGACUACAGCCCCGAAUGUUUUAUAAAUAGCAGCGGAUAUAUAGUUUAGAGCAUAUGAAUAGGCCUAAGGGACUGUUCUUUAUUUAUCUGUGGAGGGGGGUGGCUGUUUGUUUUUGUUUGUUUUGUUUUUUUACCCUCCCCAAAGCUACAAGUAUCUUUUCCUUGAUCGUCCUUGAGUGUGUGUCUGUCCCGAAUUAUGUGCUCAAGGACUGUCAAAAAUGUCAAAAUUCAACAGUAAUUUCCGUUUUUGCAGUUUCCGGCUGUAAUAAAUGAUGUAAAAAAAAAAAAAAAAAAA